AUGAAAAAUUUCAUUAUUCAAUAUAAUCCUUAUCACACUAUUAAGGGAAUGUUCCGUGAAUUUGAGCAAGCCAUUGAGGGAAAAAAAUUAAUCCAACCCAAAAAUCUCAUGAUUGUUAGUGAUUUAGGAGUAGUAGACAAAUUAAUCACUAAAUCACGAAUGGAAUUGUUGGCUUGUUUACAAGAAAAAAAACCUAAUAACAUUCCGGAAUUGGUUAAUUUAUUAGGUCGUGAUCAAGAUAGUGUUCAGGAAGAUCUGCAAAUAUUAAGCGGUUUGGAUAUUAUUAAACUAAAAAAAGUAGGUUCAGAAAUUAAGCCAAUUACUUUGUAUGACAGAAUAAUUUUUGAUUUUCAUAUGGCUCGAAAUGUUUCCGCUAACAGAGUUAUUGAAGCUUCGCCUAUUUUCUCGAUCUCUGUUCCUACAUCUUCCGCAUUAGUGCCUGAUCUUCAAGCCAAUUGUUGUGCAGGCGUGCCGUUUGGAAAGGUGGUUUGGAUAUUUUUUAAGGUUUCUAAUUUAGCGACCAUUCCUGUCAAGUCAGUUUUGGGAGCCAAGGCAUCGGUGAUUUAUUGUGAUG